AUUCCGGGCAGUGCAGGGACUAAGUAGCCCUCUUUACGGAAAUUUCUUUUUACGCCAGCAGACGUUGAGGCAAUUUCUAGACGAUAUGUCAUGAUUGGUUCCCGAGUAGCGUCAACGGGCGUGAUCAAAAUCUCCCUACCUGAACCUCUGUGCGACUGACAUGAGACACGCGGGUGUUAGCCUCCCUUUCCUUCUACACCGCAUUCUAGAAGCUGCACUUUCUUCGCCCGUUGAGCCUUGCCUGCCAUGCGUUCCCACGCGAUUAGAGUUCUUCUGGCGUUUUCGUCGUGCUUGGGCGUGUCCGAGUCCUCCUCGCCCGGCUAUUGGGGUCCUCGUCCCAAGCCCACGCCGCCUGGACCUCCUGCUGUGCACCUCUCAGACGGAACUUACGUCGGAGUGCGGAACCAGCAGUAUGCGCAGGACCUCUUCCUUGGUAUCCCGUAUGCACAACCACCCGUUGGCCCUCUCCGGUUCGCUGCUCCCCAGCCGCUCAACGAGACGUUCGAGGGGACUCGAUCAGCUUCCGAAUAUGGCUGGAUGUGCAUUGGAUAUGGCUCUGAUACUGCCAACUUGGGAAACCCCGUUUCUGAGGACUGCUUGACCAUCAACGUUGUGCGUCCGGCCGGCGUCCAGCCAGGGGAUGAUCUGCCCGUUGGAGUUUGGGUUCAUGGCGGCAGUUAUGUAAACGGAGGCUCGCGCGACCCGAGGUACAACCUCAGCUACAUUGUCGAUCAAUCCGUCAAGGAGGGAAAGCCUAUUGUGGCUGCAUCCAUCAACUACCGAGUUUCGUAUUGGGGCUUCCUCUUUAGCAACGAGCUGCAAGACGCUGGUGCUGGCAACAUUGGUCUCCGCGACCAGCGUCUCUCUUUAGAAUGGCUCCAGCAGAACAUUGGCGCCUUUGGCGGCAGCGCUGAUAAGGUCACCAUCUGGGGAGAGUCUGCCGGUGCUCGUUCCUUGGGCAUGCAGCUCGUCGCCUACGAUGGACAAUACAACAACUUGUUCCGCAGCGCCAUCCUCGAGAGUGGCAGUCCCAUCGCGAGGUUCGCCGACGCCGACGACUGGCAGCCGUGGUUCAAUGCUCUCGUUGACAAGACGGGCUGUACCGAUGCCGCCGACAAGCUGAGCUGCUUGCGAGGACUUCCCUGGCAGACCAUCAACGCCAUCUACAACGGCACCAAUCCGUUGAGCGUCACACCGCCCACCAUCAGCGCUGUGAUUGACGGCGACUUCAUCACGGCUCAGGGAUCCGAGCUCUUAGGUGCUGGCAAGUUUGCACACGUCCCCCUUCUGCUCGGUAACAACUUCGAUGAGGGUACCGCAUAUGCAAAGCAGGGCAUCAACACCACCGAGCAGUUCCAGGCCUGGCUUACUGCCCUUCAGCUGGACAGCGAACAGGUUGCCGCCAUCUCGGAGCUCUACCCUGACGACCCUGAUGUUGGCAUUCCCGUUUCUCAAGUUGGCCGACCUGCUGCCUAUCCAUUCGGUCUCCAAUGGAAGCGAGCAGCUGCCUUUGCUGGUGACUACCAACAGCACAGCGGCCGGAGACUCCUGGCCAGCACGUACGCUGGUGCUGGACUGUCCGUCUACUCUUACCUGUGGAACGUCUACGUCAACGGUCUUGCGGCUGUCUACGGAGCGACGCAUUUCCAAGAGGUCGCGUUCGUGUUCAACAACGUGAAUGGUGUUGGCUAUGCUACCAAUCCCUUUGCAGGAAAGCCAGAGACCUUUGUCGAGCUGGCGGAUCUCAUGAGCAAGAUGUGGGUUGCCUUCAUUCACGACACCGAUCCCAAUGUCUGCAGCGGCCCCAAGACAGGCCCUACGUGGCCACUGUACACGAUUGAUGAGCACAACAACAUCGUCUUUGAUGUAAAUCGCACGGGCCUAGCCUAUGUCGAAGAGGAUAAUUACAGGGCGACAGAGAUUGAGUAUCUGUUGGAGAACGUCUUCGUGUAAUGCUGACGUCGCUAUUGACUCAUCCACAUGACCGAAGCUUACAGCCUUUCUCAAGUCUUCCCUACCUGAAAUGCUUGGAUUAAUAAUACUAGCUCAAUCAUUCUGCCUUAGCUUUUGUAAUAGAAACACUUUAUCUUGUUGACCUAUUUAUCCCAGAGCCAUCAGCUGUGUCUUCCUGCAUUACCAUCGUUUCAAGCAACACCUUUUCGAGAGGAUCUUCCAGCUUCUUCAGGUGCCCACCCGCUCAUUGGGCAGUAUUCAAGGAAAUGCUCGGGAUAAUCCGGAGAGUU